GCAUUUACGUAGCUACCCUCGCUCACAAAUCGCGCGUGGGGAAGGAUAUAAAACUCUGGCAAGCUUGGUGCAGGUCAAGCAUUUGGAUUCGAACAGCAGCAUUUCCAGCUUAACCCUUGCACGGGAAUCGGGUGAUACUUUUAUAACUGGUUCACUUCAGAGGUGUCCGCGAGGCUCUUCCAUCAACACACAUCGCCAGUUGGCACCGACAGCGCUUCAGAGCUCCAAAAACCCAUCACACACAAGUACCAAGAUGCAUUCGUCAACGGCGGUUACCCUGGCAACAUGUCUGAUCAUAGCCACAAUAGUCACACAGUCAGCCACUGCUCUAGCCUUCCAAGGUUCUCAAGACAGAGCGAAAAGAUUGUUCUGGGUGGACAAGAAGAGUGCAAAUGGAGAUAGCACAGUUUGCGUCAGAGCUUCUGCGGCAGACGAUAUAGCCGAAUGCUUCAUCAGCGAAUGCAUUAAGAGACAGCUGGACUGCGAGAUGAUCUGUGACAGGCAAGAUUGCCAUUCGCUCUGCCAGACCAAAAAGCUCGGCUGCGCCAAGGCCUGCCUAACGGAGAACUCGGCCAAUAACGUCCUGAGCCAAUGAAAGAAAGCCGCCUCUACCCCUCCCAACAAACGAACUGGCUACAUGUGUACGUUUGACCAUUAGAAUCGCUUGACCCAACCUUUUUAAAUGUUUGACGCGACAGUUUUGGACGCAGGGUGAGAGUUACUUGCUGUGUCUUUUUAUUUCGCCCUUUCAGUACAUUUCUUUCCUUUUCCAUUGAGGGGGGGGGGUAGUUAAAGCUCACAUUUAAUGUCGUAAGGUCAGGAGGGCAAACCAAAAUGAAAUGUGGGCUUCAAUGACACGUCGGCUGAACUUCAGCAUCUUUCGAAGUUGAUCGAUGUAUGUGUUUUUUUCCUAAAGAUUUUAAAACAUACCGACAGUAAUUCUGUUUAGCAAAGCAAAUAUAUUUGCCAAACGAGGCUUGUACUAUUGAGGUGUUGGUUCGGUUAAUUUGACUGUACUUAUACCCAUAUUUAGAGUGUAAAUAAAAUAUACAUAUAAUUACUUUGCAUGUAUGGAGGUACCUUCUGUUCAAUGACAGUGGAUCUAGACAAAUUAUGCAAACAAGGGCUCGAUAUGCCUUGAAUGAUAAAUGAUAAUGUAAACGAAGACAAAUUCCAAGUAGCAUUGAUGUUUUGUUAGGAAAAACCACAUGACUAGAUCACACACUUGAAAUAUGCUUAGAACGUCAUCAGUUAGAGAAGGAAAAGGGAAGAACGCAUUAUCAAAACUGUAAUAUACGCAGUGUCGUCUUUUUUUCGUUGUUCGGAUUUUUCGGGAUGAGACCUUGCCUCUGUUUUAAUGUCGUUUCCUUUGAUCAUAAUUUCCUACUUAAUGUAUUAUACCUCAUUUUGUUGCUUCAAUGAGCAAUCCUUCAACGUGAUCAUGACGAACACACAUAAAGUCUCAGUCUAUUUUGUUGGAGUUAACUUUGAGUAUCAUUUCAAGGUAGCAGAGACAAAAGAGAAAAAAAUGUUUUGAAAAGAGUAAGAAAAAUUAAUCUUGUGACCUUAUCUGUAUCAGUUUGACCAGACAUAGUUAUUAAGCACUGAUGUGUGGAUUAUCUUAAUUUUGUACAAAUUUGAGGUUAGAUCGGGAGUAUGAUGUGCCAUCAUACAUUACAAAAGGAAUCCAGUGAGUCAGAGUGGGUAAUAGAAGUUGUUUGUACUCACAAAAACUUUGAACCUGACAAAAUCACGAUUGCCACUACUAAUUGACCUACGGAAAGAAAAGAAACUUAAAUUCUUUUCCCAAAAUGUUGGGUAUGUAAUGAUGAAAAAUGGUAUUUGUAAUCUCCCGGCGAGAGCUGUUAGGAUUAAUCUGCAGACGUUAUUAAUCAAUCGAACACUUUAUUUUAAAAGCUUAAUUAUACCUUUUCCUUUUUUCGUAGCUGGAAUAUUAUUCUUGUUCAUUGCAUUUUCCAAUAAAAUUAUUCCUGCAGUAGCUAUUCAAAUUUGAA